GUAUAUGUUUUUACACACACAAGAAACUAAAAUGGCCAUUAUUGCAUCUCCUCCCUUAUCAAUAUCCGAAAGGCUGCUCAUCAAGCCCAGUUCUCCAACUCCUCCUUCACUCCGCUUCCACAAGCUCUCUCUCCUCGAUCAAGCCCUCACCAGCAUGUACAUACCUCUCGUCUUCUUCUACCCAAACAACAACCGCACCGAUCCUACUAGGGUUUCCGACAUCCUUCAAAACGCUCUGUCAAGAACCUUGACCUCGUUCUACCCGUACGCCGGGAGGCUUCUCGACAACGCCACCGUCGAUUGCAACGAUGCGGGAGCGGAGUUUUUUAGAGUUCGAGUUAACUGUACGUUGCUGGAUAUUAUUAAUCACCCCGACGCCGACGCGCAGAAUGUCGCGUUCCCGGCAGGGCUGCCGUGGGCGAAUAUUCAUGACGGCGGGUUGGCGGUUUUUCAGUUGAGUGAGUUUGAUUGCGGCGGGAUUGCCGUUAGCGCCGCCAUGUGUCACAAGGUUGGGGACGGGGGGACCGUGAGGAACUUCAUGGGCCACUGGGUCGCCGCCACUCGGCAUCCGAAACUCAACCUCUCGCCCAACUUUGUCAGCGAUUCGGUUUUUCCCACGUUGCCUUCCGGGCCGUUGGAUAAACCCAUGAUUCCGUCGAAGAUCGAGGACGAUUGUGUGCAAAAACGGUUUGUGUUUUCCGGGGAGAAACUAGACCUCCUAAAAGACGUCGUAUCCGAGGAAUCAGGGGUGAAAAACCCAACUAGAGCUGAGAUUGUGAGCGCGCUUCUAUACAAAUGCUGCGUCAAGGCCGCCGCGUCCCGGCGGCCCUCCAUCCUCGUACACUACGCUGACAUGCGCCCACCCCUCGGACUGCCGUGCAACUCCGCCGGAAACAUCCUCUCCACGUUCUCCACCUCUCCGGCCGCCGCAGGAGAGAUGGAUUUGGCGAGAUUGGUGGCGGAGCUUAGAGAGGGAAAAGAGCGGCUACAAAGCCGAGACAACGAACUUGUUCAGGAGAUUGUUACCUCGUUGCGGACAGGAGAAAAGCCGUACGAGAACCCAGAUUUGGACAUCUACUUCUGCAGCAGUCUGGGCAAAUAUCCGGCCUACACGGCGGAUUUCGGGUGGGGGUGGCCGUGUAAAGUGAGCAUGCCCAAAGGUCCGAUGAAGAACAUGUUUUUCUUGAUCGACAACCAAAGUGGCGGCGGGUUUGAAGCGCUGGUGAUGUUGAAGAAGACGGACAUGUCGGGGUUUGAGCGGGACGAGGAGCUUCUCAGAUUCGCUUCCCCACUCCCAAUCUUAAACCCAUGAAUUCCAUCUAAUUUCUCACCUGCAAAUGUAACAAUAAUUGCAUGCUCCUCAUCCAAUGCUGGAUGAGCAUGAAGUGUGUUGUUGAUUUUCGCAAUUUCAAUUACAUAUUCUACCAAUUUUCGUUGUCAUGUUUUUAAAAAUUAAGUAUUUAUAUGGUGACAACAAGUUGUAGGUGGCCCGGAGAGAAUUAAACUCAAGUUAUCCUAUAAUUUUCCCUCA